CUGCUUUCUGUAGGCCACACGGGUGGUACAAUUUCGUCCCUCCCACCUGCGCAAAUAUUAAUAAUGAUCUUCAACCCCAUGAAGUGCAUAAUCCCAUGGGCAAAGGGACUCCAUUUGGGUCAGCCCGCCUUCUUUGUCAGAGUUGGAUUAAUAUUAUCAGCAGACAGAUUAAUAUUUCUAGCAGUUAGAUUACCAUUUUAGACAGCUGAAAGAGUGCUUUCUGGCUGCACGAGAAACGACGGAUGUGCUGUUUGCGCAGGUUGUGUUUUUCUUAAUGUUUCCCAGGCUUCUGCUGUUAUCUGCAAAUUCAUGUUGAGUGGCUGAUUCUGAGUUCUUUUACUUCUGCAUGGCGAAAUUGGGAAGUUUUUGGACUCUUUCGGACAAGGUUGAUCCACCUUGGAGGUGCCCCUUGCUAGGUGAGGCCGGCACUGCUGCCGCAGCCAGAAGGAACCAGCUGCUGCCUGCUGGAGUCCCCAUGCCGAGGUCGACUUCCACCUGUGCCGUGCCUGGCUAGGGUCCCCAGCAUGACCUGCCCGCUGCCCUCGCUGUUCUACAGUCCCAAGACGAUGUCCCGCAAGAAGGCUCUCCUCCUUCUCCUUCUGGCCUUCAGCACUGGCACCUUGCUGCUGCGCCAAAGCGCCCACCUUGGCUGGUUCCCAAAGUCACCGUCUUUCAGUUGUCCACCGCUGCUGUCCCUACGCCCCAAGCACACUGCUGUGGCCUUCCUGAAGACCCACAAGACGGCCAGCACCACAGUGCAGAACCUCCUCUUCCGUUUUGCCGAGCGGAACAAUCUGACGGUGGCGUUGCCCCACCAUGCCUGCGACCAUCAGUUCUGCUACCCUCGCAACUUCUCGUCCCGCUUCGUGCAUCCGUACACCCUCCCGCCUCGCUUCAUUGCCAGCCACCUGCGCUUCAACCGCGAAGAGUUGCGUCGCCUCAUGCCCAAUGACACCAUCUACAUCACCAUCCUGCGUGAGCCGGUCACCAUGUUUGAGUCACUGUUUAGCUACUACAAUCAGUACUGCCCCGCCUUCAAGCGGGUGCCCAAUGGCUCCAUGGAAGUCUUCCUUGACAACCCCCAUAGUUAUUACCGACCUCACGAGAAGUAUGCUAUGUACGCCCGCAAUACCCUGGUGUAUGACCUUGGGGGUGACCCUGAACACAGUCCAGGGGACCCCACAUACCUCCCAGCGUUCAUCCACCAGAUGGAGAGCAUCUUUUCUCUGGUCAUGCUCGCAGAAUAUUUUGAUGAGUCGUUGGUCCUCCUCCGUCAUCUCCUGGCAUGGGACUUAGACGACAUCCUCUAUGUCAAGUUGAACAUGCGCAGCCCGGAGUCCAAACUGAACAUCACCUCGGCCCGCUUGGCAGCCCAGAUCCGAGCCUGGAAUGCCCUCGAUGCCCACCUGUACGACCACUUCAAUGCUACCUUCUGGCGGAAGCUGAACGAGGUGGGCCGGGACUGUGUGCAGAAAGAGGUGCACGCUCUCCAUCGAGCCUGUGAGCGCCUGGCACGCCACUGCUUUCGGGGCCAGCCCCAGCUGCGUCCUGCCAUGCAAAUCAAGAACAAAGAGCUCCGCCCCUGGCAACCCAGUGCCAAGGUAGACAUUGUGGGCUAUGACCUGCCAGGCUCAGGGCCUCCCCUAGAUGAACAGUGCCUCAAACUGGUCAUGCCUGAGGUACAGUAUUCCCGCUACUUACUGCGGAAACAGAGUCUAAGGAACCGGCGGAGGGCUGUUCCCCAUCGGCCUCUUGCACCUCGAGGACUCCUGCGACUGCCCCGACAUCCGCCUCCUAAGACAGCCUGAACUCUGAUGUGGCAGCUGGGAACACUGGGCGAUGUUGCUCUUUCGACUCAUGCUGCAGCCUCGGAGGUGUCUUCCCCGCAGCCUGCCCUGCUAGCUAGGGGGCUGGGGGAAAGUUUCCCAGCUUCUCCGUAUCCUGUGAGCUUUUGCAAUACUUAGUGUGAGACUUCUGGUUUCUAGAGCACAUGGCGGGGCGGGGAGGACAGGCUCUUAUAGUCCAGCUCAACAGUGGCUCUUCUCGAGUACUUGGGACUGUAGGACACUCGACCCUGUUUUGCCCUAUAUAAACUCAGGACUUAGACAUCUGGGUGAGCGGGACUCUCCUCUGGAUGCACUGUGUGAACUGAUUUGGGCCAAGUGAGCUCUUUGAAAUCCAGCUGGAUGCUCCCAGUUUGGUCUGUUAUCUCCUGCAUUUCUGGGGGGGAUGUUACUAGAGGUCCAGAGGAACCUGAAAAAAAUACAGUCCCUGUCCCUCGCUGUGGGAUACGGGCAGCCUUCAUCUCUCUGUCUCUUGGAUGUCCCCUUCCCCAUUUUAUACGCCUAGCUCUUAUCCUUGUCACCACUGUUUGCAGUUCAAGAUGUGAGAUCCCAUCAAAUCUCAUGUGGGGGUAGGGCAGGGGUCUGCAACCUGUAGCUCUCCAGAUGUUCAUGGACUACAAAUCCCAUCAGCCCCUGCCAGCAUGGCCGAUUGGUUGCAGAAAAUGAAUGGCUAUACAUAGGGCAGGGGUCUGCAACCUGCGGCUCUCCAGAUGUUCAUGGACUACAAAUCCCAUCAGCCCCUGCCAGCAUGGCCGAUUGGUUGCAGAAAAUGAAUGGCUAUACAUAGGGCAGGGGUCUGCAACCUGCGGCUCUCCAGAUGUUCAUGGACUACAAAUCCCAUCAGCCCCUGCCAGCAUGGCCGAUUGGUUGCAGAAAAUGAAUGGCUAUACAUAGGGCAGGGGUCUGCAACCUGCGGCUCUCCAGAUAUUCAUAGACUACAAAUCCCAUCAGCCCCUGCCAGCCGCAGGUUGCAGACCAAUUGACUAUGCUGGCAGAGGCUGAUGGGAUUUGUAGUCCAUUAAUAUCUGGAGAGCCGCAGGUUGCAGACCCCUGGGGUAGGGCCAUGGUUCAGUGGUUCAGCAUCUGCUUUGCAUGCAGAGGGUUCCAGGUUCAGUCCCCAGUAUCUUCAGUUAAAGCAGUCUGAUAGAGGGUGAAGUAAAAGAUUCUAUGCCUGAGACCCUGGAGGGCUGCGGCCAGUCAGAGUAGACAAUACUAACAUCGAUGGACCAAUGGUUAAACUUAGUGUAAGGCUGCCUCAUGUGUUCACGGCUGAUGCUGUCCUAUCUCCCAUCUUGGGCUCUCCUAGUAGCUCCCCUGCCAUUCCUCCUUACUGGCCUUUCGUUCCCAAGCCCAGGGGUCUUCAGCCUGUGGCUCUCCAGAUGUUCAUGGACUACAAUUCCCAUCAGCCCCUACCAGUAGUCCAUGAACAUCUUUGUAGUCCAUGAACAUCUGGAGAGCCACAGGUUGCAGACCCCUGCCCUAGCCUUUCCAUCCACAUUCCCAAGGCUCACCAGGGUUCUCAGCACCCUCGAACACAGAAGGGGACAACCUCUGUUAGUUCUUCAAGGAGAAACAGGAGAACAAUAAAACCUGUUCGACUCGG